AGAUUUUGGCAUCAAUGUGCUCUCCACCAAUGGCAGCCAGGAGCCUCAUGGCCCCGGCCUCCUCAAGGUGUCAGGCCUAGAGCGCAGUCAGGAGAGGAGCCAGGAGAGCUGCAGGGAUCCCCAACCCCCUGCAUCCAGCACCGCCAGUCAGCCUCUGCCCCCCCAAGCCCUCCCCCUUCCCCCGCCGUCCGUCCCCCAGCCUCUGUCCCCGCUUCGGACACAGACAAACGGCCCCACCCAGGCUCCAGCCUCCACACACCUGCCCCCACGCUCAGAGGCUCUCACCAGGCCUCAGACGCCUGCAGCCCUGCCUCUCGCCCAGGGUCAAGAGCCCUCGCCGCCCCCCCCUCCCCGGCCCCAGCACCAGCCUGAACUGCAGUCCCACCCCCGGCCUCCGCCGACGCCCAGCCUUCACCCACACCCGCCAUCACCUGCCCUUCCAACCCAUCACCCUCACCAACAGCACCCCAGUCAGGCAGGGCCACACCGGCCCCCAUCACGCUGCCACACCCGGCCCCUUUCUGCCUACAACGGCCUCAGCCUCAACGGUCACAGCAGCAGCAGGAGCAGCACCCCAGGAACCAAGCCCCACGGGCCCCCUGCUCCCUCCUUGCACCUCCCCCACCACCCGCCACCUCCUGCGGCGGCCGCAGCAGCCUCCGCCUUUCCCCUGCCCUUGGCGCCUAACCAGAACGCCUCCCACAACACCCCCCACAGCUUCCCCCCUGCCUUGCAGUCCUCGCCGCACCCACAUCACCCCAAUAUGUUCGCUCCUCCAGCGGCCUUGCCUCCACCACCACCACUUACUUCUAGCACCCUGCCAGUACCCGGACAUCCUGCUGCUGGGAGUGCCUACUCAGAGCAAGACCUUCUGCGCCAGGAGCUCAACACCCGUUUCCUGGCCUCGCAGAGCGCUGACCGCGGCGCCUCCCUGGGCCCUCCCCCUUAUCUGCGCACUGAGUUCCACCAGCACCAGCAUCAGCACCAGCAUCAGCACCAACACACCCACCAGCACACCCACCAGCACACCUUCACGCCCUUCCCCCACGCCAUCAUGCCCACCCCAGCACCGCCCAUGGUGCGUACCCCUGCCAGAAAUUUUGAAAAAUACCCAACAAAAGUUGACCCCUUCUACAGACACAGCCUCUUCCACUCCUACCCACCGGCCAUGUCUGGCCUUCCUCCCGUCAUCCCCCCGACCGGGCCCUUCGGCUCACUCCAGGGCGCUUUUCAGCCCAAGACCUCUAAUCCACUCGAUGUGUCCACAAGACCUGGAGCCGUCCCACACACAUUCUUACAGAAGGACCCCAGGCUAACGGAUCCAUUUCGGCCCAUUCUCAGGAAACCAGGGAAGUGGUGCGCCAUGCAUGUCCAUAUCGCCUGGCAGAUAUACCACCACCAACAGAAAGUAAAGCAGAUGCAGGUCGACCCUCACAAGCUAGACUUUGGCCUCAAGCCUGAGUUCCUGAGUCGACCUCCGGGCCCCAGCCUUUUCGGCGCCAUCCAUCACCCCAGCGACUUGGCACGGCCCGCCACGCUCUUCUCCGCUGCAGGUCCCACACACCCAUCAGCAGGUCCUUUCGGUCAUCCGCCUCACCAUCCUGGAAACUUCCUCACCCCAGCAUCCCACUUAGAACCUUUCGGUAGGCCUACAUCAUUUGGAGGACUGGGAUCUCUCAGUUCAUCUGCCUUCGGGGGACUGGGAAAUCCAGCACUAAAAUCCCUAACAGCGGCCAACUCGGUGUUCGGCCAUAAAGAUGGUCCCAACGCACAGCAGCACUUCAACAGUAGCAGUAACAGCGGCCACCAGGAGCCGUGGAACCGCCUGCACCGCACGCCGCCCUCCUUCCCCACACCGCCACCCUGGCUGAAACCCGGAGACUCUGAGAGGAGCACCUCGGCCAGCUCGCACGAGAGGGACCGAGAUUCUGACAAACGGGACUCUUUGGUCAGUAAAGACGACAAGGACAGGGACUCUGUAGAAAAACGUCAUCCAAGCCAUCCGUCCCCAGUCCCUGUCAACCCCAUCAACCUCCUUGGCCACAGUCGGCCUCCUGAGCACCACAGGAACCACCAGCCCCCUGCUUCUGGAGAGCCUCAGAGGGACAAGGAGAACAAGUCCAAAGACAGGGAGAGGGAGCACUCGGACUCCUGGAAGGACAAUGGCACAGAUGACCUAAAGCUCAAAGACAACCAGCACAGCGACAAGGACACACCUGUCAUUCAUGACAGCCGAGUGUCAGAGGACAAAGUGUCCAACAGGGGGGCCUCAUCGCCCUACAUCCGGCAGACCAGUCUCGAACGUCCCAAUGGGGGCCUGAGCAGAGAAGUCCUGGAGAAGAAGAUAGAGCUGCCAUACGAGCACCAGAAAAAGAACAGUGAGGUGAAAGUGAAGGAGGAGCGUAAGGAGGAACAGGAUGGAGCCACAGAGAGGGCAAAUGAGCUCCCGACACAGGCACCAUCCACACCAAACCUUCACCCUCCUUCCUCAAUGCCUAUGCCCAUGGGCAUGGCUGGCGUCCACUCCAUCAACACCAUCAGCAGUCUGGAGAGAACUCGAGUGGUGGCACCCUUCAUGGGUAUCAGCCCCAUCCCAGGAGCUGAUAGGUUCCCCUACCCUGCCUUCCACUGGGACCCAAUGAGGGAUCCCUACAGGGGUCUGGACAUUCACAGACGGGACCCUUUGGCCAGGGACCUGCUGCUGAGGAAUGACCCUCUGCACCGGCUGGCAGGACCUCGCCUCUAUGAGGCUGAGCGUUCCUACAGGGACCGGGAGCCUCAUGACUUUAAUCGUGACCAUGCCCAUCCUCUGGCCCUGGAGCACAGGAGGGAGCAGGAGCGCGCCCAGCUGGAGGAGCGUGACCGUCUCAACAUGCUCAGAGAGGACUAUGAGCAUGGACGUCUCCACCCCGCAAUGCACCAUCCAGCCCUUGAUGGACACCUCCCCCACCCUCCCCCAGGCCUCAUGGCCCCUGGACUCCAAGGCAUGCACUACUCCAGGGUCAGUCCCACGGCUGCAGCCGCAGCAGCAGCUGCUGCCGCCGCAGCAGCAGCCCAUCAGAACGGUAUCCUGAACAAAACGGCACCCACCGCCUCUCUGAGUGCCCCGCCCCCACUUAUCCCCACACUGGGUGCCCGGCCCGGCUCACCCAGACGGACUACUCCCCUGGCCACAGAUAUCAGAGACAGACCGGCACACAAAGACAUCGAGGCACGGUGAGCUGAGCCUCAGCAGACUCAGUGCCCCGGCUGCACUGUGCCUCACUAACACUGAACUCACACCAAGCACUUAGCUUUGGGCAAAGCAAGACUGUAACAUAGCUGUGAAUAACUUAUGUGGGCAGAGACAUACCCACAAAAUGAAUUGUUUUUGUAUAAAACUACAAAGAGACAAUAAUCACAGAACAAAAAAUAGAUUUUUCAAAGAUUUCUUUUUCCAGUUUGCUCCAGUUUUUUGUGUUCCUUCUUUCCCUUGUAUAGCGAAGUGACAUGGAGUAAGAAUGAACAAUUUUGGAAUGUACAGGUACUUGAGCACUGACAGACAGCAAAGUGUGUAGAUAAUGUGUACAGUCACUGUGCUCGCUCUGUAUCGACUAAAAAUCAUGGUACAAAUAUGCAAAAGGGUGUUUUGAAAGCUUUACGUUGAACACAUGUAAAUAGAGGAGUAUUACAGCAGUGAUUUAGAAUGUGCUAUUUGGAGUUUCCUUUUUGUUUUGCUUUUUGGUUGACACAGCUGAUUAGCAUUGUACCAGAGACCCCAUAUUCAACUAUGCAACAAAUGGGCUCCCUUUCUGAAAGACGGCCUUCUCACCAUAACUGACUGUGUACCAAUAAAGGACAAAAAGCUGUAUUCUCUCCACAACUCAGACUUUACACACAUUGGGUCCACGCAAACAAACAAACACAAGCUUUAACGGUUCCACACAGGGUUUGCUGGUAGCAAUUUGGAAUAAACAAAAAAAAAAUUUGAGAAUUACUUUCCUAAAAUAUGAUACAUUGUGGUGACAAUCCUAGAAACAGCUGAUGGAAGAAUUGCAUUUCAAAGGAUUAUCAGUAUAAAAAAGCCAGCAGCACAAAUGUUAAGAAUCUUUUUUUCCAUUCUUCCUCCACUCAGUUACCACCAGUCUGGUUCUGGGGAGAAUGCAGCACAUUAAACACCAUGACAGCACAUUUGCCCUAUCGAAGAAGUGUAAAGUACAUGUUUUGGAAAUAGAUUCUGUUGGUCAAACUGUGUAUUAAAGUGCUUUCCUAAGUUGUUGUACCUACAAAAUCAAAAGACAAAAAAGUCUAAACUAUGGACAGUUUGUUUCUAAUGAGCAGAGAUCUAUUUUAGUAGUCCACGGAAGGUUUAGUUGUGCGCUUCAAACUCUGUGAUAUCAUGUUGUGCAGUGUUUUUUAAUCCAACAUAAAAAUGUCCACCGGAGCCAUAGUGGUUAGUCGAUGCGUAUUGCAAAAAGAUUGUUAAAUGACAAACUUUUUUUUGCUGUUUACCUUGUACAGGGGAAAAAAUGAAGUCUUUCUAGAUCAUGUACAAAAAUGAGAAAAAAAAAUGAAGCGACUGAAUCUUCAGCAUGCUCCUCAUUUAAACUUGUGUUAUGUAAAUUGUGCCAUGUUAUUAAAAAAUGUGUACUAA